AUGUCAUUGUCGAAAAGUAAUUAUGUACAACAUUCCAACUGGACAGUUAUUGUAGUUACUGCACAAGAUCAAGAAACUGCUUAUGCAUUUGAUUUUAUUCUUCGACAACGACAACGUUAUGGAUUAAUCGAUAAAUCAACUACUAUACUGACGGUUAAUGAUCCUCAAGAGAAAUUAGGUAGUGGUGGAGCAACUUUAAAUGCACUCUUAGUUGUUACAGAACAUCUUAGUGCCAAAGCUGGCUAUUCUCUUGUCAAUACAAAUGUACUACAUUCCGCUCAUAUAUUAAUUCUACAUUCAGGUCGUACAUUUCCAUAUGACGCUUGUCAUCGUUCAUUAGCAACAUUACCUGCUCGUUUUGGACCACAUCGUCCAUGGCUUUUAACAAACUUAGAUUUACUUUUACAUGAUUUCAAUAAUCUCAUUGCUUCCAGCGAAUUACCAUAUGGUGUAUGGGUUAGUAGUACAGAUGCGUUUAUAACAUUACCAAAAACUGGUAUUAAAAUUCCAGUAAAUACUGAUAUUCAUGCCUUAGCCACAUUAGAAGAUGUUCAAUAUGCAACUGGACAUGGUGUUUACAUUGUUGACAAAGAUAACAAUAUUGUUGCAAAUAUUUUAUAUCAAGCAUCGAUGGAUGAGUUGACAAAACUUGCCAAUAAUGAACAUAAAGUACCAGUUGCAUGUAGUAUUCUUUAUUUUUCAGUUAAUUUCGCUGAAAAAUUAAUAACUUUUCAUCGCAUUCCACCACUCGAUGGUUGUACAUAUGAAGGUAUUGAUAAUGGUUCGCAACCAAAUCAAUUAUCAUUGUAUUUUGAUUUUAUUCUUGCGGCUUGUGUUGAUAUUUCAUUUGAAAAAUUUUUAUCAUUACAUUAUCAACAUAUUACAAAUGAUUUAAUAAAACAAUCGAAAACAUUUUUAUGGAAUCAAUUAAAUGGAAAAACAAAAUUUACAUGUGAAAUUCUUCCUGAUUCGUGUCAUUUUCAAUAUAUUGAUGCUCAUUGGCCUUAUUUAAAUAAAGAUAAUAUUCAUUCUCAACGUGAUAAUAUUCAAUGGUUACCAAUUCAACAUUCAAUCAUUGAUGAGAAGAAACAAAUGGAAUUAGAAAACUUAUCUAUUAUUAAUAGUAUUAUUCAUAAUGAAUGUAAUCUAGGUAAAAAUAUAACAAUACAUAAUUCAAUUGUUGGAAAUCGAGUAACAUUAGGAGAUAAUUGUGCUAUUCAAUCUGUUGAUUUUUCUAAAAAAAAUUUUCAUUUAACGAUUCCAUCUGAUGUUAUUAUUCAAAGAAUUAUUUUAUCAUUACAAACAAUGAAUGAAAUGUCGAAUAAUCAAUUGGAUGUAUAUACAAUUAUUGGUAUUCAUGAUGAUGUUAAGCGAUUAUUUACAAAUGAAAAGUUUACUAUUUUAAAUAUGUCAUGGGAUAAAUUUAAACAACAAACUGGUAUUGAUAUUUGGGAUUUAUGGCCAGAUUUACAAAAUAAUCCAGAAAAACGAACAUUAGCUAAUGCUCGUCUUUAUCCUGUAUUACAUUUUAAUAAUAUUUCAUCAUUAAAUGAAGAUUUACUUUGGUUUUUUAAUCCGACACAAAUAUUUUUUCAACAAUGGAAAUCAUCUUGGCGUUUAUCACUUCAUGAUAUAUUAAUUCAUGCGAAUGUUUUUAAAGAAAUAACACGUCGUCAAAAUUUAUUUCAUACAAUAUCUCGACAAAAAAUUCUUAAUUUAUUAUUUCUACAUGGUAGUAAACAAAAAACAAAUGAUUCAUAUUUAGCAUUAUUAAAACAAACAAUUGCUGAUGGACAUAGUAGAGAUAUGCUUGAUGCAUUUGAUCGUGCAUGUUUAGAUAAUUCCAAUAAAUUACAAAUAUUAUCAUGUCUUUUUUCAGCAAUUGCUAAUACAUUAGCUGAAAUGGCUGGUGGUGAUCAAGCUGGUCUUCGAUCUGGACCAUAUCUUAACCGUGAAUGGCAAUAUGCAUUUUUAAUGUUUGAAGAAGGAAAAUAUCUGCUAGGUAUUCAACAUUUAAUUAAACAAAGACAAUUAUGGAUUGAUAGAUCGGAUCUUUUAAUACGAGCUGCUCGACAUUAUGAUGGCGCAACACAAACAUUGAUUAAACAAGGUGUAUUAACUUGUCGAUCAAAAUGUAGCAUUGAAAAUAAUAGUAAAACAAUUUUAUCUCAUAUAAAACAUCGACAAGUUACAGUUGAAUGUCCUGUACGUCUUGAUUUAUCUGGUGGAUGGACUGAUACACCACCAAUUUGUUAUGAACAUGGUGGUAGUGUAUUAAAUGUUGCUAUUACAAUAGAUGGUCGACGACCUAUAGGUGCACGUGCACGUCUCGUAGAAACAAUAACAACAACACCAUUUGUAACAUUUAUUCUCAAGAGUGACAAUGAAAAAGAUGAUAAAAUAUAUGAAUUUCAUACAUUAUCGCAAUUUACAGAUUAUAAUCAACCACAACGUCCUUGUGCAUUAUUAAAAACAUGUUGUAUAUUUACAGGUAUUAUUGAUUUAAAUACGACUCAAGAAAUGACAUUAAGUGAACAAUUAAAAAAGAAUUUAUCUGGUUAUAAUUUAAUACUUGAAGCUUGGUCAAAUGUACCUGUUGGGUCAGGUCUUGGAACAAGUUCAAUUUUAGCUGGAGGUAUUCUAUUAGCAUUAUGGCAUCUUAUUGGAGUAGAAAAUAUUACAGAUAGUAUGGUUAUUCAUGGUGUUUUGGUUGUUGAACAAAUGAUGACGACAGGUGGUGGUUGGCAAGAUCAAGUUGGAGGUUUAUUACCAGCAUUUAAAUUAGGGAGAUCGAAUGCACAAUUACCACUUGAAGUUGAAUGGCGUCAACUUAAUGUUAAAGAUAAUCAAAAUACAACAUUUUGGAAUAAAUUUGAUGAACAAAUAAUACUUGUUUAUACAGGUCAAACACGAUUAGCACGAAAUCUUUUACAAUCAGUUUUACGCAAUUGGUAUUCGGGUGCAAUCAGUCAAUUAUUUGAUGAACUUGAAGAAAAUGCGUUAAAAGCAGCUGAAGCUAUUGAAGAAGGUAACUUAUCAAAAUUGGGUGAAUAUAUGUCAAUGUAUUGGCAACAAAAAUUACGUGUUGCUCCUGGUUCUGAACCAGAAACAUGUCGUCGACUAAUUGACCUUCUAACUCCAUAUAUUCAUGGAGUUACACUGGCUGGCGCUGGUGGUGGUGGAUUUCUUGCUGCUCUUGCUAAAACAUCAGGUGAUGCUCGAAAAUGUGAAGAAUUAAUCAGUAAAGAAAACAUUCCAAAUGUAUCACUUUUUUCUGCUCGAAUUGAUCGACAUGGACCACUUGUUUCAUUCUCAUGA